AGAGAGAGACAGCAGAAGGAGACGAAUGGAGGGAGGGGGUGGGUUAUUUCUGAGCUCACGGCCGGGGAUUAAGCGGUCGAGAGCUAUCCCAAUACGAUGACAGCAUCCAACGUAAACCCUAACCCCCACGCAUCAUUCUGUCCGGGACGAAGAUUGUCUUAUACUAAGCUAUUUUGUGCAUUUUUAUUUUAGUUUACACUAAAGGAUCCUACCGGUCCACUCCGCCGUCUAGAACACGAGGUAGCUGGAACUCAUUCUGAUUGGUCCUGAUGAACGCAAGGACCGCCAUCCACCUAUUUUCGGUCAAUCCUGGUGGGGCAGGGGAGCUGAUGUCACAGAAGGCACGAGGGUUUUCCUGUUCUGGAGUCCAGAAGAGACACACCACCCCACGUUAAAUGGAGGAGAAGGAGAGGAGUAGGAGCAGGUCUCCGCAUCGCCACGGCAGCCGGGUGCAGCAGGUUGUGGGCACCAUCCUCCGACGCACCCGCGAGUCUCUCAGCAGAGAGCGUAUCCUUGGCGAUGGCAAGUCAGAGCGAUCGGGGAGUGUGUCCAGUCAGAACUUUCCGGUGAGGCUGACAGUCCAAGUCACCCGAGACCCAGUUCUGGACCUUGGAGGCCAUGGCUUCACUCUCACCCCCUACCUGCCCCUGCUGGUCAGGGAUGUGGCUACAGGGGGCCCAGCAGACGGGAUGCUCUUCCCAGGAGAUCAGGUGCUGCAGAUUAAUGACACGGUGGUGGAGGAGCUGGGAUCAGAGCAGGUGGAAGACAUCAUGAGGGACUUGGAGGAUUCUGUCACCAUGACGAUCCUAAGGCACUUGACAAAUCCCAAAUCGUCCAUCAUGUCGGCAGAAAAGAGAGCUCGUCUGAAGAGUAACCCAGUCAAAGUGCGCUUUGCAGAGGAAGUGGUUGUCAAUGGUCACACUCAGGGAAACUCUCUUUUGUUCCUGCCCAACGUUCUGAAGGUCUACCUGGAGAACGGCCAGACCAAGGCCUUCAAGUUCGACCACACCACCACCAUCAAGGACAUCAUGAUGACUCUGAAGGACAAGCUGUCCAUACGCUCCAUCGAGUACUUCUCUCUGGCGCUGGAGCAGCAGUACAGCAUCAACAAGCUGCUGUUACUGCACGAGGACGAGCUCAUCCAGAAGGUGGUGCAGAAGAAGGACUCCCAUGACUACAGGUGUCUGUUCAGGGUGUGCUUCAUGCCCAAGGACCCUGUGGACCUGCUGCAGGACGACCCCGCUGCCUUUGAAUACCUCUUCCUGCAGAGCGUGGGGGACGUUCUCCAGGAGCGCUUUGCCGUGGAGAUGAAGUGUAACACAGCUCUGCGUCUGGCCGCGCUGCACAUGCACGAGAGACUGGACAGCUGCGGACAAACCCGGACCUCCAUUAAGAGCAUCAAGAAGGAGUUUGGUCUGGACAGUUUCAUCUCGCCCACGCUGCUCAGCAACAUGAGAGAGAAGGACCUGACCAAGGCCAUCAGCUACCACCUCAAGAAGAUCCAGUCUCUGAUGGAGCCGGGGCAGAAGGUGAUCUCUGCCACCCAGGCUCGUCUGGCCUACCUCAUCCAGCUAGGAGAGGCCCUGUGCUAUCCCCCACCAUCUGGCCUCCCUCUCCCUCCCCAGCUGCAGGACAGGGAGGCUGUGGUCAGUCUGCUGGUGGGGGCUCGCUACGGCCUGAGCCAGGUGGUGAACCACAAGCUGAACAUGGUGUCCACCCUGGUGGACUUCAGCAGCAUCAGCAGGGUGGAGCUGCUCUCCGAGUCGGACAGAGUCAGCCUGCUGAGGAUCUCACUGCACGACAUGAAGCCAUUUGCCUUACUCAUGGACUCGCUGGCAGCCAAAGACCUGGCCUGUCUGCUGGGGGGCUACUGCAAGCUCCUGGUGGACCCCAAUGUCAACAUCUUACGUCUGGGGCGCCCCAAAGUGCGGGUGCACCGGAUACCGGCAGAAGAAGGUGUGUGUGGGAAGUUCGCCGUUAUAGAGGGAGUGUGCUAUGAGUCGCUGACAAGUUACGUGUCCCGGUGCUGUAGCGACUCUGACGACACGUCAGACGAGGACUACCCAGUGGAGCAGCCGGCCAGCCGCAGGCGGUCAGCAGCAGGCGGUAAGGAGCGAGACCGGGAGGCCUGGAGGAGAGAGGGGGAGCACGCCCGGGGAGAGAACAGAGGGAGAGAGAGGGAGAGAGAGCGGGAGAAAGAAGGCCAACAGGAAGUGAAGAUCAUCGUGACGGCGGACGUCGGCAACGAGGGAGGCGACGAGGAGGAGGAGGACGAGGAGAAGGGGGCGACGGGAAGUCGGGCCAAUCCAGACCAGGAAGCGACGCUGGAGACCAACUGGUACCACACGGACCCACGGGUCAACAGCAGCUUCUCCAGUCUGUCCAGCGGAUCCCUGAGCGCCGCCCUGGAGGAGAGCGGCGGCACAGCCAGAAAAGACCCUGCCGUGGCCCUCUCCCGCCUGGAUGCCAUCCGCGAGGGGGGCUCUGCCCCGUGGCCCCCUCACCCUGCCGAGGGGCCCUCCAGCCUGGACGUCCACCACCCCUUCCUCCUGGAAGUCCCUCCCUCUCCACAACGCCAGAGAGACAACUUGUCCAAACCAGGCCAGGCGGCAAGCACCAGUUCAGCCCCCGCCCGGCCCACCAACCUGAGUUACCGGGGCAACGACAGCUCGUGCCUGUGCUUCGCGGAGCUCUCGCAGGCGGACUUCCUCCCGAGUCCCCCCGAGGCCACCAGCGACGAGGAGGAAGAGGAGGAUGAGGAGGAGGAGGAGGAGAGGGAGGCGGAGCUGAGACGCAUCACCAAGAUCCCCAGUCACAGAGACCUGAGGCUGGUGGACAGCAUGCCUUUCCACAGCGCUCUCAGCAGCGGCAACACACAGAGACUCCUACCCAGAAUCCCCCAGCACCACGCCUCCUGCGACGACCAGGGGCCCGAGUCUCAACGGCGCCACUCCAAGGACGAGGAGGGACUGUUCCUGACGCCCUCCCCAAACCCCAGACCUCCCCACAGAGAAAGUUGGUCCGAGUCAGAGGAUGAGUUCUUCGAUGCGCAGGAGCGCUUCACCCCUCCGGUCCCGGAGCACAUCACAGAGAACUGUUUGGAUGGAGCAGACAGGAAGCACGCCAAUCGUCACAGUGUCGCAGGAAACGGCCUGCCCUCCGUCCCAGAGAGCGAGCCUUCGUCGCCGGUUCCCAAGAGGCCUCCUCCACCCCCCCUUGCUCCGAAGCAGGGGAGCCAUCUGUCCCCCGGCCCCCCGACCCUGUCCUCCCGGAGGGUCGAAGCAAAGGCCAAACCCCCACCGCUGCCCCCCAAGCCCCCCCUGGCCCCCAAGCCUCAGAUGGUGCCGCCCCGCUCCCCCCAGGUCCGCGGGGCCCCGUACGCCCACUGUAACGGCGACGCGGCGGGGCACCUCUCCAGAGAGCUCCUGGAGAUGGAGCCAGACACCAUGGAGUUUAAAUCGGUCACCUCCGGGGCGGGGGGGAUGCCCAUAUCCUCCCCUCUCAUCACAGCCGUACGGAGCAGCCAGCAGGCUCACCCUCCACCCCCCCCACCGCGACACCCCACCACUCUGGAGAACGGGGCCAGGAAGGAGAAUGCGCCUAGCAAGCAGGAGAACGGGCCUAUCCCUGCAAAUGGACCGAAACCUGAGAAUGGACCCAAACCUCAGAAUGGACCUCAUCACAAGCUUCUAAGAGACACUGCUCAGAUCACUGGUGACAAACAAACACCCAAGGCUGAGACGCAAACAAACGGGGUUCCCCUGCCCAAGGUGGAGGGGCACGAGGGCAUAAAUGGGGGUGACCGGGUGACUUCGAGUCAGAAAAAAAGGAACCUUUCUCCUUUUCCACGUUCGGCUUCUGGAGAUGACCUUAAGUUAUGCCUCACCAUCCCCCCAUCCCAUUCUCCCAAAACCUCUCCCUCGUCGCUCCACCCCUUAUCCCUCCCUGCCACCUCGCCCGUCUCUCCCCAGGAACCCCUGGGCUCCGUGAAGGGGGUGCCCAAGGAGGGCGUCAGCCCCCCGAAUGGCCUCCACCCCUGGGGCGGCCGCAACGGCAGCGUCCCAUCCGGCAGGCGGGUCUCCCUCAGCCACGAGAGCCUCUCCCCCAAGAGCACAGAACCCCCCGCCUGCAUGACCACCUCACUCACCUCCUCCUCCUCCUCCAAGUCAGGGGUGGGGGAGCCAGGGCGCUCCGGUUCUGGGUCCGACCUGAGGGUCAGCUCCUCCAGUCUAGGGGGCCGGCUGCCGGCGUCGGCCCUCCGCGGGAGGAUCCAGGCGCUGCCCUGGUACAUGACCCGCUCCCAGGAGAUCCUGGGAACCCUGGACUACCCCUCCUCCGGCUCCCUGAACGGAGGAGACACCUCCGGGUUCGGCUCGGGCCUGUCUGUCCUGUCGGUCAGCGUGGCGUCGGACUCGUGCAAGAGCGCAACGGCGGCGGCCAAGGAGAUGGAGACGGGGACCAAGAGGGAGAAAGGGAAGACGUUGGAGGACGGGGCCGAGGUCGUCAUAGCGACCAUCAAAGAAGCUCAGGAGGUGACCCAGCGCGGGAAAGACGCCCAGGGGACGGACGGCCCGCAUCCCGGCCAGGGUGCGACGGAGAACGGAGCUCCUGGGGAGGGGAAGGUCUCGGGGCCUUACGGGUUCCUGGGCUCCUGUAAGUCAGAGCAGCCCCAGUCACGACCCCACUCUGAGGUGGGGCUGGGCGGGGUCUCCGGAGGGGGUCUCCCCCUGGGGGGCGACUCCCCGUGCUCGUCCCAGGGAGAGGACCCUCCUCCCCCCCCGCCGCACCACGAGGCCUGCGGCUGCCGCACCGUGUACGCCAACUGCUUCACCGGCGCCGGCGAGGACGGCUGCGGCUUCGACGAGGAGCUCACCAUCUACGAGUUCUCCCGCCGCACGCGGCCCGCCGCCAAGCCUGCCCGGCCCACCCCGGUUCCCUCCCCCACCGCCCCGUCCCCCAACAUCCUGUCCCUGCUCCGGGACACACCGCGGCCCCUGUCCACCCUCUCCACCGCCUCCUCGGAGCUCAGCCCCAUGCUCUCCCGCCCCGUCUCCCCCACGCCCCCCUCCGCCGGCGCUUUGCUCUCCCUCACCAACAAGCGCUACGGAGGGCUGAAGGGGGGCUUCGCCUCGCUGCGGCAGGACAUCGACCAGCUGAUGCUGGUGCUGGAGAGGGGCACGGCCAACCCUCCACCCCCACCACCACCAUCAGAGCCGGCCGAGACCGACGCGCGCCACGAGGAGAGGACAGACAACGGACUCGCCGUCCCCGAUUCGUCCAAUCACCUCCAGGUACCGGAGGGAGGCGGAGACGUCCCGGGUUGCGGAGGGGCCAGCCCCGCGCCCUUGUCGGAGGCCGAGCGGAGUCUGCUGCAGGCGGAGGCGCGGCGGCUGGCGUCGGGGUGCCAGCGGGCCACGCGGGUGGGCUGGGCGCCCGACGAGGCCCUCCGCUCCCUGUCCAACAGCUUCGGCGCUCUGGUGCAGCUCUCGGCCGCCUGCCUGAGGACGCAGCCGUGCCCUGGGUGUGGCGUCUGCCUCCACGGGGCGCCUCCCCUCCCCCCGGGGGGCGGAGGGGAGGGCGACUCCUGUCAGGAUGAGGAGGCUCUGGAGAAGCUGAAGGAGAUUGUCGGGCUUUACCGGGAGUUUGUCGGCGUGGUGGAGACGGCAGGGGCCGGGGUUGGGGCGGCCGGGGGCGGCGGAGGAGGGUCCGGGCAGGGGCAGGGGGAGGGUGAAGGGGUGAGGAUGCUGGCUAAACGUUGCACGGUGCUGAUCUCGUCAGUGUUCACGCUCACGCAGCUGUUCCGCAUGCGCUCGCCGGACGCGGGGGACCCGGCGGGCCACGUACCUCUUCACUUCUGACCUCUGAACUCUGAAAGCCCCUCUUUCCAUGCUGUGACCAUGGCGACAUGCUGAGGGGAGGACCUUAGAAAGGAGGAGGAGGAGGAAAGGGCUGUGGAUGUGUUGAUUCCUUAGCACAGAGGGAUUUGGUGUGUGUCCCUAAAUAGAACACAUGCUUGUACUGUUUGUGCCAUGCACACCACUACAGACCACACACACACACACACACACACACGCCAAAACAUAUCCCUAAAAGGAAGAAAGGAACUCCUUCCACUUGAAUUGACUGCCAUUGCUAGGACUCCUGAUGGACUUAUCAGGACUAUGCAUUUGUAAAUAGGAAUUUUAUAACUAUCUUAUAACUCUUAUUUUAUGAUACAUGUAUGUAUGAAUUAUACAUGUCUGUAUUUAUGUAUUUAUUUUUACAAUGUUUGCACACCCUGGUCUGUGGAGGUCUCUGCUCAAAGGCCACAAGGAUGUCACUGGAUGUUUCCGUCAGUUUCUUGGUAUGUCAUGCGAUUUGUCUACCUCCCCCCUUAUUGGCUGGUCUUGGCUGAGGAAAUGAAACUGUAUUAUUGACAUAUUUUGCAGCUUUUUAUCAAAAGUGCAGUUUGUAACUGUACUGCGUAUUUUCCACAGCAACAACUAGAAGUUUACGUCAAAUAGAUUGGGAUCAAUAAUAAUAAGAAAAAAACAUUCAUUUUGAAAUACAUGAUACAACAGCAGCAGGUUUCAAACUGUACUUUUACAGAAGUAAAAUCUUUCAUUUAUGAACGGUACAAUUCUGUUCAGUUUAUAGCUAUUGACUAACUACUUGUGUGUGAAUGCUUGUAUUGAAACCCCCCUCACUAACCCCUUAUAUAUUUAUGCAGUAAUAUAUAGAAAACUCCAAAUGAGGCGUCUAUGGUUUUUAGAAUGGGCCGUGAAAAAGGCGGGAAGUGACUCAAUUUGGUAUUUUAUAACACUUUGUUUAAAACGUCCUGGAUGAUUAAUGCACAAGGCUGACUGUUACGUUUAACUUGGGCUUGAAGCAACUACUCAAAGUCGUGUAACACAGAAACACAAUUUGAAUUCUAUACCUCUCUGCCAUGUUCCUGAACACAGACAAAUUGACUUCCUGACUAAUUACGUAAGUUUUAAUCAGAACUAUAGAUAUACAUUUAUAUCUAUUUGUCUGUGUAUGUCCAGUUCUGUAUCUUGGUUAUUUAUGGCUAUGCAAACUUAAAGUAAUCACCUCUCUUUUCCACAUACAGUAGCCACAAGACUAUCAUUAACUUCUUAUUAUGUUGUAUUAACAUAAAACAUAUGAAAAUCAGAAACCUGACACAGAGCGCUUCCCAAGGAAAUGAAAGACUAUUAGAUAGUUACAUUUCUGACUUGGAACUGUGUCCUGCAUGAUGUGUGUUUCAUAGCAAUGAGGCGACAUAGGUCAACAUCAGGUGUUCUUCCGACAUUCAGUUUACUGUAGAAAGGUUCCUUUUACGACUGAAUACUGUUCUGCCUUUGAUAUUUUGAUAUUACUGUUAUUUUCAUGUUUCUGGUCAAGCUGAACCAAGGCAAAUCAUGUAGCAUCAGACCCUUAACGCACCCUUCUUUCCAUUGAACCUCUUCAGCCAUGAGCGGGGGAGACUUUUCAUCCUCUGACACAAACAGUAGGAUGAUGCUGUCAUAUCCCUUUUAGCUAUGAACGAAAUCCGCCAACAAAAGUAAACACAUUGGUUAAGUAGGGAUUUGAUCCCAGCCAAGUCAACACCGGCUCGUAACAAAUGCCUGAUUUCACAAUGUUAGAAAUAGUGUUUUAACAAGUGACUUUGCAACCGAUGUUGUACAAGGAGACUGUCAUGUCGUUGAUGGCCUUAGCAAACAUGAAGAGGAAACCAGAGUAAUAGUUUUAGAUCUUCCAUUUCCUACUGAUGUGUCCUACAAGUUGUCCUGUAUUUAUACCCACUGUAACAUUGUGGUGGAAAGCGUUUAGCCGUUUUAUAUCAACGGAGCUGCAGUUGACGGUUCCUUCCUGUGUAGCACUAUCUAUUCAUGGGUUGUAGACUUGAAUUCACAGACCGCUGGAGUGUUGAAGUCUCUGUCUCUCGUAGCAAGUGUUUCAAUAGCAAGAAACCUCCCUGAAUCCAUGUUUAUUUUUAAACUUGUACAUUAAUGGACAGACUUGGAAUCACUUCCCACCUCGAAUUAAUGCAUAUUAAUUAAAGUAUUGUUUGGAAAUAAAUACAAUGCAUAGUUCUCA